AUGUUUUUUCUAUUUUUUCAAACAGGAAAACAAGAUGUUUUUGUUUCAAUGCCCACUGGGUCUGGAAAAUCGCUCUGUUACCAGCUACCGGCAGUCUUGGCUGAGGGAAUAACUAUUGUAUUUUCUCCACUUAUUGCCCUCAUUCAAGAUCAAGUGUCACACUUAAAGUCCCUCUCCAUCUCAGCCGAAACACUUAACUCAAAACUCCCUGCUGCUGAAAGAAAACAAGUUUAUGGUGAACUUGAAAAGCUGAACCCCUCUAUCAAGCUUUUAUAUAUCACACCUGAGCUUGCUGCAACGCCUGGAUUUCAGAGAGUUUUAAAAUCUCUGCACAGGAGAAAGCUACUGUCGUUAUUUGUGGUGGAUGAGGCCCAUUGUGUGUCACAGUGGGGACAUGACUUUAGACCUGAUUAUUUAAAGCUUGGUUCACUACGGACACAGUUUAAUGACGUUCCCUGGAUAGCGCUAACAGCUACGGCCACUCCACAUGUCCAAACAGAUGUUCUUACAUCUCUUCAUUUACACAAGCCGAUAGCGAUCUUUAAAACCUCCUGUUAUCGUCCAAAUUUGUUUUAUGAUGUGUGGUAUGUAGUUUGAGAGCCUUAACAUAAAAUGUAACAUUUAGCUGUGGCCAGAAUGGAGGCAAAAGUAUCUUGGUCAAGGCCUUCAGGUAGAUUUGUGGGCACAAGCAAGAGGAGGGGAAGGGAAUAAAAGUAAUGCUUUUAGGUGUGUUAUUGUUCUGUCUCUGUCGCCCGCACAAUAAACACAAUAAAUGACACAUCAAAAGGUGUCAAAAAAUGUAUUGUUGGCAAGAUAACUUCAGAGAAUUCCAGUCCCCUGGACUUAAGCAAAAAUUGGGAUGCAAGUGGCAGAAAAACAGUACAAAAACAUGCUGUUUGAUCUUGCUAAUAGAGAUGCAAUCACUGAUGCAUGAGGUCUUGCUGAAACAAAAUCACCAAUGGUCAGCAUACCAUAUUCUUGUGCUCUGCUUUGCAAAGUGGGGUGCCAGAUGCUGGAGAUUUUAACUGCCUUGCUCUAACUACUUCCAUCACAAGCAUAAAUCACUUAUCAUGCCUCACAUGGUACAAAUCAACCAGUAAGAACUUUCUUUUUCCAGAUGAACAACUUGAAGAGAUAACCUAUCUUUGGGUGCUUUUUUUCUCUCUUCCCCCCCUCCCUUGCAUGUCUUGCACUGUUACAUUAGUACCCCCAAACCUGUCUGAGUGCCCCCAAUUAUGCCUGUUGCAUGAAGGCUUUGACAACCAAGGCAGUUACCUCAUUAUAAAAAAAAAAGUUGUGAAGUUUCUUCUGUGUUAUAAAGAACAGUGAAAGGAUACUAGCAAAUCGUGUGUAGCAGGUCAAUGCUUGUAUUAUUGUGAGUAUUAUGAAUAAAGUGUUGUGUUUAUAACCCUCUUAAAUACAAUUUUUUUAUCUUUUUUUCCCAUCUCAAGUUUCAAGGAACUUCUUGAUGACCCUUAUGCUGAUCUUAAAAGUUUUGCUGAGUCAGCAUUAUCAGAGCAGGAUAGCAGUAAUGGAGGGAAGGUAAUAGAUUUGCUUGCUAUAUUUGAUGUGUAUAUUUGCAUAGGCUGUCAUUAUUUCUUCACAAUAAUUUGCUACUUUUUCCAUGUUAAAGAUAAUAAAUUCUUAAACUAUUUUUUUUCUUUAGGGAAGUGGAAUUAUUUAUUGUCGUACUCGAGAUGCUUGUCAAGAAGUAGCUUCAAGACUGAGUAGAAAGGGACUUGCUGCAAAGGCUUAUCAUGCUGGUAAUUUACCAUUUAAUUGAAAUGAUGAACACAUGAUAUUCACUGACAUCUUCAUCAUUGCAUCUUCACCUUUCCCGGUUAUAUUACCAACCAAUUUAUUUUUUUUAAUGAUUACCAGCUCCACGUUGGCUUGCUAGCUUAACUGGUUAGAGCCCUGCACUGGUUUUACAAAGGUCAGGGUUCGACUCCUGGCAAGCCUGAAUGUUCUUGCGCUUUUUUGAGUCUUUAUUUUAAUAGGGUUUAAUAGAGUCAGGGUGUACCAAAAAUGUUUUCAGCCCCAUAACCUCAUGCUAGAGUACUGAAAUAAGCUGCCACAGGUCUAGACAUUUUAAAUUAAGCUGCCUGACAAGCGAAAAAAGUUUGUCAGCUUGCAGAGAGGCAGUGUUACAGAUUUUCUCCUCGAAUUAUGAAGGUUCAUGGGUCUCUCGCCAUUUCACAAAGUCAUCCCGGCACAACAUUGGAAAGAUGUUAGUGAAGUAUUUUAAAAUGUGGAUUCAUUAGAUUUGCUUACUGAUGAAAUCCCUGUGUAUAGCUUCGGGUAAUCUCCUCAGAACACGGGCAAAGGGGAACCUUGUUCCUAAAGGCCAGGUGACGAUACUUGUGAUCAGGGUAGAGGUCUAACCUACAGCCUUUUUUUAUAGCAAGCAACUGCAAUAAACAAAUGUAACCAACAAAACAAGUUAAUUAAUUUAUCUGCUUUUCUUAUUUUCACCUUAUCACCCUGGUAUUCAACGGAAUUUAGUUUCAACUUUGUAUUUGUGAAUCUUUCCUGUGUACAUGUUCAGGUAUUGUAUACUUACAAGUAUAUUGUUCAACUCCACAGGCCUUACACAAACAAAACGUGAUGAAAUCCAACAGGAAUGGAUGGAUGGCAAAGUCCCCAUCAUUGUUGCGACAAUAAGUUUUGGUAUGGGAGUAGACAAAGCAUCUGUGAGGUAAAUUACUAUGAAGUCUUUUUCGCAAAAUACUGAGAUUCAUACAAGUUGUAUGAAGAGGGAAGAUUUUGGCAUGCAAUUAAUGAUCGUGACAAUGACGUUUAUAUUUUACUUAAAGAGAGUAAAACUACCAGAAUUCGUUUAGUGGCUUUUAGUGGGUUGCUUUUAAUUAAAAUUGAUCAGUCCUGAGAUUUAAACAAAAGUAGCUGGAUACAGACAGUAAUUUUCACGGCAAAACAACAAACUGAAGGAUUGUGUUGGUUGAACUAAGCUUAUAAAUGUCGCCAUCAUGCGAAUGGUUUAUUGAGGUAUACCGGAUGAUAGACACAGAUUUUCUGAAUUGCAAAUUGUGAACUCAGGAUUUCUGUUUAAUCUAACUCCACUCCAUGACUAAAAGUAACUCUAAGUAAGAAUAGCCGGCCGCUUUUGUUCAAGUGUUAAAAACUUUCUUUCUAACCUGUAGGUGUGAUUAUUGGAUUGGCUAUUCUAUACCACUGUUUACUUACAGCUCACAAAGAGCUGUUCUAACUGAUGUUAGUUUAGAAACUGAUUUCUGUAAAAUUCCAAAAAUAAGCAUCAGGGCCCAGUUGUUCAAAAAUUUGGAUAACGCUAUCCUCUGGACAAAUCUCUACCCAGUGGAUAGCGUGAAUGGUUUCCCUAAUACUUAUCUGCUGGAAAAUGAUUUAUCCGGUGGAUAGCGCUAUCCAAUGUUUGAACAACUGUGGCCAAGUCCUAUAUCUUUUAGAGGCCUUGUUUAGCAGCGUAUUUUCAUAGGGACUUCUUUACUGUGGAGAGGUUUAUUAUUAGUGGGAAAUUCGCGUUUUAAUGUAGGCUGGGGUUAUAUUGGAAGAAAUGUGUGUCAUAAAUUUUCGAUAAACUGAUCGUAAUCUCAGGACAUUGAUUUCAAACCCCAAUUGUAAAGCGUUCAAAAUGGCAAUGGAAUACUGUAACAAUAGUGCCCUCAACAACAUCAAUAACACACCAUUUGUUCAGUUCAGUUUGUAGUUCAUAGCGUAGUUACUGUAGUUCAUACGGUAUUAUACAUUCAUAGAACCAGUCAAACGUGUGAAAACUCUUAUCCGGGCCUCCCCCAUACAGUUCGAUAUGCCAUGGUUUAGUUCUAAUGCUCAUUGGGACUUAUAUACGGAUUUGUUUUUUUAAAGGAGGCCUCUGAGGGGCUUAUUUUUGGAAUUUACCACAUGUAUUCUGGCCAAUCAUUACGCAGGCUGACAGUCAAAUAAGCCAAUAACAUCUCAAACUAGCAAUGUAUUUUUGCCAAGCGUGGUGAAACCUACAGUUUAAGCUUUAUUUUUAUGCGCACACAAGCUCCUGGGAUCUUAACCCGUGACUCAUGCUUCACGCUUCUCGCGGAAAAACCUAAGUCAGCAAGUCAUGAUUUAUUCCGGGUUUUAAGUGUGGUUAGCUGAGAAAAUGGCGUUAAUCUUUUUAGUCAAUGCACAAACAAAGCAGUAACGAAAUUGCUUCCAUUCGACAUGACAUCUUGAUAUGUUUCUAACCCACGUUUUUCUAGGUUUGUUGUUCAUUGGACUUUACCACAGUCAAUGGAAGGUUACUAUCAAGAAUCGGGCAGAGCUGGAAGGGACGGGAAACCUUCAUUCUGUCGAUUAUACUAUUCCAGGUUGGUCAAAGACAAACAGUGCACGAGCUGCCUCUUUUAA